AUGAAAAAAAUAUACAGGGGAACGAAAACAGAUGAAAUAUUUCAGGCGCAGAAAAAUAAAUAUAACCAUCUGAUAAACAAAAAUCACAUUUACAAUAACAUUUAUUUGAAUUUGGAAGUCUACGAAAAAUGGAGGAAUCCUAACACGGAUAAGGACGAGCAUAGCCAUUGGAACGACAGGUCCCUGAGCCUGGUCCUGAACGCGGACUCCAAUUUGAUGGACAAGGAGGUGAAGCACCUUCUCAGGAGAGGCGUGUCCGACUCGCUGAAACACCUGAUCUGGGUGAGGUCCAACGACGUAAACUAUUUUGUUAUAAAUUUCCCGCACUUCUACGAAACGACCAUCUACAACACCUUCGGAGAUAAAAUCCCUUCCAUUCUGUUCAACGAUUGUCCAACAUUCUGCGGGGGAAUCCUGGGGUUGCAAGAAGAUAUUAUGUGUGUACAAACCAAAAUAGAGGAGUUAGAAAUUGAAAAUAAUGAAGACUAUGAUAAUUUCAACAUUAAUGAUUCCACGAGUAAUAUUUUACAGCUUUUAUUUAACCAUCCAAAUGAGAAUGAAAAAAAGAAGGACCAGUAUUUGCUACCUGAACAUAACUUUUGGAUAGAACCCAAAACAUUGAGUACCCCAAAUUUUGGGUUCACAAAUAAAAAAAAAAAAAAAAUUUUUUAUAUUGAAAAUGUAAAGAAUAAAUUGUUAAAAAAUAAGAAAAUUGACAACUAUCUGAGAGUUGCAUCUGAUUCGGUCCUCCCUUAUUCGAACAACUUCAUUUUUAGAAACCUGUCUAGUCGAUUUUACAAGAGUAAGGUGGAAAAUCCAGAGGAGAAAAUUUCAGAAAAGGUUGACACGGAAAAGGUAGAGUAUAAUACCACUAGUGAUGACUUAAAAAAGGGUGACCUUGCCCCAUCGGGAGGUGGUGCUGUGAAUAAUACCCACCCGAGCAACACAGGGGUGAGCGAGAAAUCGACGGAAGGGAAGCAAAACGUAAAGGUAGAAGAAGGAGCAGCAGGAGGAGGAGCGGCAGAAGCAGCGGCAGGAGGAGCAGCAGGAGGAGUAGCAGAAGCAGCAGAAGCAUCGGCGGCAUCGGCGGCAGCGGCGGCAGCGGCGGGAGGGGGGAAGAACGUCGAAAGUUUAUCCCCCAAUGGAGAAAGAACCAAUAAGGAAUCCAAUUUUAAAGUGUCCAACUGUAGCGAAAGCGAAAAAAACAUCCUUAUCAAAGAUGACAUAAUUAUUUUUCACAAUGGAGCUGAUGAUACGAAUAGCGGUCCGGAUUUCGACACGGGUGGGCAGGAGAAUGAGAAGGUAGAGGCAGCGGACUACGGCAAAGGAGAUACUAACUAUGGGAAGGGAGAAACGAACUAUGAGAAAGGACAAACUAACUAUGGGAAGGGAGAAACGAACUAUGGGAAAAUCGGGGGGGGACACCCCAGUGGGGUUAGCGGUGCAAAUGGCUGUGGUGACCAUAUCAUUGGCGGCAGUGGAAAGGAAAAUUUGCACUCCACUAAGAUGGAAGGGCGGGACUCCAACAAGGAGGCGUACAAGUCGAAGGAGGAGGCGUACAAAUCGAAGGAGGAGGCGUACAAAUCGAAGGAGGAGAUAUACCAGUCCAACAAGGAGGCGUACGAGUCGAACAAGUACCUGCACAUCCAAUGCUACAUGACGGAGCAGUACAUUAUAAGCAAAAAACAGGCAGAGAAAAUGAAUAAAGCGAAGCUAUACCUACGAACAAUAAGAAAGAAAAAAAUAGAGAAGGAAGGAAAUUACCAUAAUGCCAAAGCUAAGUCACAUUAUGACGGAAAUUUGCAUCACGCAGGGAUUCAAAACUCAGAUGAUUCAUUAGCAAAUGGGGGAACUGCAGAAUGUGAAAAAAUGCACGAAGGUAGAACUGGAGAUAACAGUUCCACAUAUCGUGUAAAAAAAUAUUCUAGUUAUAGCGGGACGAGAAAUUUUUUAAAAAAAGCCUUUAGUGUAAAGAGGACGAAUCAGAAGAAUGAAAGGAAGCUAUCUGAUCACAUUUCAUCUUUGCUUAAAAAAAGUCUUAGUAAGGAGAAUAAGGAAAAGAAAAAUUUAAUUCCCCAAUGGAAAAAAGUAGGUAUGGAUAGUGGCUCUUCCCUUAAGGAGAGCAGGAAGAAGAAGAAGGGAGAAGUGUCACGGGAUGAGCUCCGCGUGGGCGGGUGGUCAUCUUCGAAGAGUGCCGCUCAAAAUGGCGGUCAAAAUGGCGAUUCAAAUUUCUGGCAGAAUGGCCCACCAACUGAUAAGUUUAAAUCAAAUUACGGAGUGGCGGAUCGAGCAGGAAGUCCCAACAGCGGCAGUGGGGAGUCUGCACGGACCUGCCUUCAAGCAGAAAGUACUUCAUCAGAUGAUGGGAUGCAAAGGAAGAGGGAGGACAAGGACAACGCUUAUGACCCCAGGUUGAGGCAGCGGAAAAGGAACGGUAAAGAGGCGAACGACGGGGAAGAGGCGAACGACGGAGAGGAGGACGACGACGGAGAAUCCAUCGUGAAACUGAGCGAGUUUAACGAGGAAGACGUGGAGAAUAAGCGAAUCGACUUUCUCGACGGUGGGAAGAAGAACGACGGAGGGAAAAAGUCCCUUUUUGGAAAAUUGAAAAAAAUUUUUUAUAAAAAAAGUCGAAAGAUUCGGAGGCGGAAGUAAAUGAACAACACAGGGAUGGUUACUCAAUAUAACACGUUUACUUCCAUCCGGGGAAGCGGACUGUCGGAGAGGGGUAGAAGCAGGAAGGAAAAUUACCAAAUCAUUAUUAGCAAACACGAAAAGAAGGAUCACCAGAAGCAGCAGUACGCUGGUGGUGUAGGAAAGAAGGAAGAAAACAAACAGACGUUCUUUUCCAAAAUUGCAAAAAUGAGUCCUCCGUUUGGCUUAUCCUUUGAAAGAGGGACGAAAUUGGGAGGAGGAACCCCAGGAGAGAAGGAAGCAUCAUCAUCGUCUCGCAUGAAAGAAAAGGUGGUUAAGAAUCCCCCCAGGCGGAUGGGCGGAGGAACACCACAGGGAGAAAUGGGGGUAAUGACGGACGAGGCUGACGCGGACGAAUUGGAAAAUUUCCAUCUGCCGGCGAGCCAUCCGCUGAACGAUGAAAAGGGUGAAGGCGGCGGAGGAAGGGGAGGCAGCGAAGGAAGUGAAGGCAGUGAAGGCGGCGGAGGAAGGGGAGGCAGCGGAGGAAGGGAAGGAAGCGAAGGCGGCGAAGGAAGCGAACGCGACGGGAGGGUUCGCAACCAAACGAAGAAGAAGAAAAAAAUCAAUUUUAAGUAUGAAUCGGGGGAGGACGCCGACGCGGCGAGUGAUGCAGAGAAUCGGGCGAAUGCAGACCCGAGGAAGGGGUCAGUUUAUAAGGAGAUGAAUGUGGGUAAGACGGACAUGAAAAACUCAGCUAGCGGGAAGGAGGCCCCGCGGGAGAAGCAGGUGCACGACGGGGUGACGAACAUAAUGGAGAAAAAAUACGCCUCCGUGGAAUACAACAGUAAGGAUAACCCCAACUUGGAGAAGGAGCUCUACAGCAAGUUUUACGAAAACGGGAGUGGCAACGCGAAAUAUGUCAGCAGCGGUAAUGGGGCGAGCAACACUAACGGAGCUAGCGGAGCUAGCGGUGGCGGCGGUGCCAACGGAACCAACGCUUCCAACUCAGGCAACGCUUCCAACCCUGGCAACCCUGGCAACCCUGGCAACCACAACGUUGGGGGCGGAGGCGGCGGGACGUACCCGCCGAACGUGUAUAACCUGGACGACGCGACGGAGCUGACGGCAUUGCUGAACGAUAAUGGCAAGCACGAAAUCAAGAAGCUUCUGUGGGCCAUAAACAACAAUUUCGGAAAUGACAUCGAAUUCGCACCCAUCAUCCCAAACCUAUGCAUUAUCCUGCUCAUCUACUUCAAAGCAUCCGUUGUCUACUGCAUCAUUCACUGUCUAAUAAAAAAAGGAAUAGAUACGAUAAAGAACAAAGAGGUACCCUUCUUUAUUUAUAAACGAAAAGAUUUUGUCAAGUACGUAAAGUAUAUUUUAAAUUCAUUUAUUCAAUUCCUUCCCAAAUGUUAUCAUUAUUUGAGAAAGUUGAACUUCGACUUAGCAGCUUGGACAGCAAGGUGUAUCCAGGAUGGGUUCUCUCGUAUGCUUCCAUUCGACUUUGUCCUACGGAUUUAUGGCAUCUACAUAUUCGAAGGACAGAAGACCUUAUGUCUCUACUGUCUAGCGUUGUUAAAAUUUUUUGAAAAUGAUUUAUUGAAAUGUACAAAUAUUGAAGAAGUGGAGAAUAUCCUUUACCAUAUUUGCAUGCAUCCAUAUUUAACAAUAAAUGAAUUGACACAGAUUGCUUAUCGAUUUAAAUAA